UGAAUAUUAAAAGGGUGAUUGUGGAGUUAUCAGUUUUCUGUAUUUUUUUCUUUCUUAUUUUCACUCUUUAUUUUCAAAUAUCCGGGUAAAACGAUAGCGAGCCAGGAGCUUAAAGACAUUGGUGGUGGAGGGGUGAGUCAGCGCGUGCAAAAGGAGAGGAUUUGGUUUCUGGGAGAGACGGUCCCCUCUCCCCUCCUAGAGAAGAGAAAGGACCGAAGCCGGGUCUGCUCCUCCCCCGCGCGCUGGGUGGCUCCGCAUUUGCGCUUCAGGUGGAUACGGUCAAACAACGCUCCGCCGCCUGGGUCUCCGCAAAUAUUUGACACGCAUGUCGCCUGGCCGGUGCGCCUAGAAGCUGGAGCUAGCACGAGCCCUUGGUGGGGCAGCCCAAAAUGUGGGUAACUGCAGAGCAGCGCCCAGAUGCCGAGGGUCCCUGCCUUUGAGCGCCGACGGCUGGUCUGUGGUUGCCUGUGGUUUGGGGGGAAUCUGGCGCUGGAUUUUUGAAUUCCAGAAGAAUUCCAAAUUAUAUGCAGAAUGCUGGAUCUUCUCUCCACCAGGACGAAUCAGACAGUGCAGAAAAGUGGACUCCCUUAAUUCUGGGAUUGCAUUUUGCAACGUGCGUCCUUGACCUUCGUGCCAAGCCUCGGGUAGGGAGGGAGCUGGAGUCCCGGGCCAGCGCAGCAGGUGGAGAGGCUCCCCGGCAGCCCCGCGCACCCCUGGCCAUGUCGCCUUUCAUGCCCUGCCCCUUCACGUGGCCUUCUGAGGGUUCCCAGGACCGGCCAGGGUUGUUUCCCACCCGCGCGCUCUCUCUCGCCCCCACCCAAGCCCGGCUGGCAGAGCUCCCUCGAGCCGAGAAUUUUUGAUUCCCUGCUCCCUCGCUCCCGCCUCCGCCCCCGCCCGGGGGUGGCCCUCCAGAGCCGGACCUCGCCCGGCCCGGGCUGGGACCAUGGUGUUUCUCUCCGGAAAUGCUUCCGACAGCUCCAACUGCACCCACCCGCCGGCCCCGGUGAACAUUUCCAAGGCCAUUCUGCUCGGGGUGAUCUUGGGGGGCCUCAUCCUUUUCGGGGUGCUGGGGAACAUCCUGGUGAUCCUCUCUGUAGCUUGUCACCGGCAUCUGCACUCGGUCACUCACUACUACAUCGUCAACCUGGCGGUGGCCGACCUCCUCCUCACCUCCACGGUGCUGCCCUUCUCCGCCAUCUUCGAGGUCCUGGGCUACUGGGCCUUCGGCAGGGUCUUCUGCAACAUCUGGGCGGCGGUGGACGUGCUGUGCUGCACCGCGUCCAUCAUGGGCCUGUGCAUCAUCUCCAUCGACCGCUACAUCGGCGUGAGCUACCCGCUGCGCUACCCGACCAUCGUCACCCAGAGGAGGGGUCUCAUGGCCCUGCUGUGCGUCUGGGCGCUGUCCCUGGUCAUCUCCAUCGGGCCCCUGUUCGGCUGGAGGCAGCCGGCCCCCGAGGACGAGACCAUCUGCCAGAUCAACGAGGAGCCGGGCUACGUGCUGUUCUCGGCGCUGGGCUCCUUCUACGUGCCCCUGGCCAUCAUCCUGGUCAUGUACUGCCGGGUCUACGUGGUGGCCAAGCGGGAAAGCCGGGGCCUCAAGUCCGGCCUCAAGACGGACAAGUCGGACUCGGAACAAGUGACGCUCCGCAUCCAUCGGAAAAAUGUCCCCGCGGGAGGCGGCGGCGUGGCCAGCGCCAAGAACAAGACGCACUUCUCCGUGAGGCUCCUCAAGUUUUCCCGGGAGAAGAAAGCGGCCAAAACUCUGGGCAUCGUGGUCGGCUGCUUCGUCCUCUGCUGGCUGCCUUUUUUCCUGGUGAUGCCCAUUGGGUCUUUCUUCCCCGAUUUCAAGCCCCCGGAAACGGUUUUUAAAAUAGUAUUUUGGCUCGGAUACCUUAACAGCUGCAUCAAUCCCAUCAUAUACCCGUGCUCCAGUCAAGAGUUCAAAAAGGCCUUUCAGAACGUGCUGAGAAUCCAGUGUCUCCGCAGAAAGCAGUCUUCGAAAUACGCCCUGGGCUACACGCUGCAUCCGCCCAGCCACGCCGUGGAGAGGCAGCACAAGGACAUGGUGCGCAUCCCCGUGGGCUCAGGAGAGACAUUCUAUAAGAUCUCCAAGACCGACGGGGUCUGUGAAUGGAAAUUUUUCUCUUCCAUGCCCCGGGGAUCUGCCAGGAUUACGGUACCCAAAGACCAAUCAGCCUGCACCACAGCCCGGGUGAGGAGCAAAACCUUCCUGCAGGUCUGCUGCUGUGUGGGGCCCUCCGCCCCCAGCCUUGGAGAGAACCAUCAAGCUCCAACCAUUAAGGACUUGUAACCAUGAAACCACCUGCACGCAGCUCCGGUCAAGCCCGGCUGGAACACUGUUGGUACCUGCUCCGUGUCCACAGACUGAGCUGAGAGCAGGGCUGAGCCAGGCUGCCGUGGGGUCCACCGUCUUCAGAAAGCAAUGGCAGCUGUGGCUUCCUGGCCCUCCCUCCAGAGUCCCUGCGAGAGGAGUGAGUGGAGAUGCCCGUUGUGGGGCUGGGCCAACAAAAGCAAGCUAGGAUCUCAGCGGAGGACGUCGGCCCGUUGCCAGGGCUCCCAGCAGCGGUAGCUCAUUCACACUCCCCAGACCCCAAUGGCACGGAGCUGGGGCUGAGAAUGGGCAUCUCCUCUACGCAGGAAAAUGUCAUUUCUGCUUUGCUGCUGCAGCAUGGAUGGCUGGUUCUCCCACCUAAAAGGAAGGUUGUAGGGUUUGGGGGCGUGGGGAGGUGUCCAGGAGGGGGAAGACUUACCAUAGACAUCGCUCAAAGCAGGAUGGCUUAGCAAUGCCUCGCUGCAACUGAGAAGCAAGGAACUGCCCCAGAGCUGGUCGCUGACUCGUUUCAAAAGACAGAAUAAUUGUCUUUGAUUUUCCUGUGACUCAGGAGUUGUUACUUUAUUUUUUUCUCCCUAUCAUAUUCAGUGUAGCCACGUUAUAAGCUGGGAAUGAUUAUUGCUAAACUAAGAAAAACACAGACUUAAUUAAGUAGGAAAUCUAAGAGCAAAUUUAUACUGUUUUGGGAGAAAAAGGUAAUGAAGGCAUUGGCCUAUGCAAAAGCCUGAAGACAGCAGGUGCAUUCAACUGUGGCAGAGAGGAAGCUAAGGCAGAAAAUCCCAAGUUGAGUUGAAUAAUAUUUCCACCCUUUUGUGUAGCACUUUAUACUUGUCACACAACUUCACCUAUGUCAUGUCAUUCCUGUGCCGUAAAAGGAGAAGGAAGAGAUUUCCGUGGGGUGUUAAGAAUUUCUUUGAAUAUCUGGCCUCCAAGCCCUUUUUCCGUGACACCCCAGUGUCCCCAAGGUCCACUGCAUCUCUCAACACUUGCCUCUCCUGUCUCUCUCGUUCAUCUCCAACCCAUAAUUCCAGCUCCGUCUGCACCUUGGCCCCUGCUGGAUCUGCCAGAGGCUGAGCAGCACAGGCCUGCUCUAGGGGCCACGUGCAUGUUUGUCUGUGCUCCUGUCACCGGCCGCAAGACAAGCAUGUGCAAUUCUGGUCUUUCUCCCUAGAUAGGCAACAGCAGAGCCAGGGACACGGGCCGGGCAGGCGGCUCUGGGUUUGCUCCACAGGGUGACAUGUAAGGCACAGCCAGCAGUGACCAUCACCUUAGUGUCCUCAGGAACACAGAGGGACCAAAGGGAGUUUUGGGAACAGUCCUUUUCCUGGUCAUUGACACUGAAGAAGGUCACCAACAGCAAGUGACCUCUCCUGAGCCCGGCACUGCACUUGGCACAAAAAAUACAGAAAGGCACAGACAGUCCCCAGCUUACGAGCUGAAUGGAUUCCAAGUUCAUCUGUUACAAAGUCAAGAAUGCAUUUUUCCAAGGCAUUGUCAUGAGUGGGGGAGGGGAAGGAUGUGCCCAGAGGAACCAAAAAAUAAAAAUCUAUUUCAUGUCCAUGAGGCGUUUGCAAACCUUUUCUCUAUGUGGCCAGACAGUAAAUAUUUUAGACAUUGUGAGCUAGAUGAUCUCUGCCACAUGUUCUUCUUCUUCUUCUUCUUCUUUUUUUUUUUAACUUUUUUUGGGGGAGGAAAGCAACCCUCUAAAAAUGUAGAAAUCAUUUUUAGCUUCCCCCCUCCAAAAAAGAAGAAGAAAACAGGCUGUGGGCCCUAUUUACCCACGGGCCAUCCCACCUGACAGUAUAGUGCAGAUGAUGCUGAGCGAUGGUUUCUGGCGUUCAACACACAAGCAUCUUUUUUUUUUAACAUGCCAUUGACACAUCUCCACUUGGCUAAAUCAAUG